AUGAGCGUGGUUGUGGCCUAUGCCGCAUUCAUGAGCACGCUCGUCUUCAGCCCGCUGGCAGCCCAUGACGGAAUUGCUCCGGCCAAACCCGGCACCGAACCGUUUGAGCAAUUCCGCCCGGUUUACCACUUCUUGGCACGUGACAACUGGAUCAACGACCCUUGUGGACCGUACUACGACGAAGAGACUGACCUCUAUCAUCUCUUCUACCAGUACAACCCCAACUCAACUGUCUGGGGAAACGCAACAUGGGGGCACGCCGUGUCAAAAGACCAAGUGACCUGGGAGGACUAUCCCAAUGCUCUUCGCCCGUUUGAGGAUAAGUGGGACCACCUAGGUGUGUUCUCAGGAAGUGCUAUGGGUAAUGCGAUUGAUGGCAAGCGCACCGUGUUCUACACAGGAGUGACAGCGCUGCCCAUCCACUGGACCAAAAAGUAUCUUUUUGGCGAGCAUGUCGUGUACGCCACUACAGCAGACAAUGGCAAGACCUGGCAGAAGGGUAGUGAGCCUCUGAUCGAACUCCCACCUAAGGGUCUGAAUGUGACUGGGUGGCGCGAUCCGAACGUCUUCCACUCGAAGUCGCUGGACACUUACUUCGGCUUCGAUGCUACCAACGGCAGCAACUACCUACUGGUGGCUGGAGGCAUCCACGACGUCGGUCCGCGUAUAUUUCUUUACCACGCCGAGGAUUACAAGAACACAACAUUCUCCCCAUACAGUGCAAGCUGGGGCUUUAACUUUGCAACCACUGUCUACCGCGAGAUCCAGGAUGAGGAUGGUGAAGUGCACAACGUGAUGCGGUUUGCUGCUGAAGGUGAUCCAAAUCGGUACCCGAUGUGGGCCACGGGCUCGUUCUCCGGUGGCGGCUGUGGCGUGGAGGUCGACCCUGAGGCGGGUCUGUUUACUCCUCUGAUGGUCGGUGUGUCGGAUCGCAGUGACUGGUACGCCAACAGCAUCUACACAGACAAGGACGUGCCCCGCGAGGUGGGGAUCACCAUUGUGCGCGAUAUCUAUGACGUCGACGAGCACCUGGUCGGCAAGGGCGACUGGAUCGUGUCCGACUCAAAGGACGUAUCGUGUGCCGACGGAUCGACAAAGCAGAGCAAGACCAUCAAGACGCUCGGUGUUAAGCCACUGAGUGACCUGCAGUUGCUCCGUAACGUAGACGCACUCGAGCAGGUGGCCAGCGUGUCCGUGAAUGGAUCAUCGCAGGUGCUGAACUCGACGGGUGCUUCAUUCGAGCUGAUUGCUGAAGUUUCGGACUUUGAACGCGGCAGCAAGGUUGGCUUUGAGGUUCGCCGUAGCUCGGCUGGCGAUGAGGUGACGACUAUCUUUUACGACGACGCGGAGAAAAAGGUGACCAUUGACCGCUCCAAGAGUUCGACAGCUGAAUGCGCUGUGUUCAAGGACAACGGCGUGAAGCCGAUUUCGGACUCUGUGUGGGGCUACUUGUAUCAGAUAUGA